UCCUCAUCCCUGCAACCCCUUCACUCCCAGCUCCGCUUUUUCAGAGCAGGAACCAUCGGGAGCCCUCAGCGCCAUCCCCUACCCUAGGAGACCAUUCCUCGGCACCACCACCACCUUCCCGGGGCCUUCCCCUGCCCCGCUCCGCUGCCCGGAGGCGGAGGAGAAGGAGGGGAAGCGGAGGAGGAGGCGGCGGAGGCGGCGGCCACUUCGCGGUGCCCACGGCAACCCCCCGGCCCCCGCUUCCUCUCCGUCCUGCCAUCCAUCCGCUCCCGCCCCACCGCUGUCAACCGAACCGCCACCAGCACCGGUACCGGCAGCGAUAACGCAGGAAAGAUGCUUCAGAACUCCUGCUGUGGAUUUUGAAGGUCACUGAUGCCUUUCUGCAAAGCAGUUCUUACCCUGUUCCAGCUGGGGUCAUGUGUAUGAGACCAUUAAAAUGUGUUUUUUUGUUUCUCCUUGUCUUUUCCAUCCUAACAAUCUGGUACGUAACGUUUUACUCCAGCCCUGUGAUUGAGCACCCAAACCUGAUGUAUUUUUAUGAGUAUGAACCAGUUUACAAGCAGAAUUACCUCUUCACCCUGCGGGAACACCAGGAAUGCAAAGACAUCAAUCCCUUCCUGGUCAUCUUGGUGUCUUCACGUCCCAGGGAUGUGAGGUCAAGGCAGGCCAUCAGGAUCACCUGGGGAUCCCAGAACUUCUGGUGGGGACAUCGGGUUCUGACCCUCUUCUUACUGGGUGAGGACACUGCCAGGGAGGACAACCCUGCAGCUCUGUCAGUGGAAGAUGAGAGCAUCCUCUAUGGUGACAUCAUUCGCCAGGAUUUUCUGGACACUUAUGACAACCUUACCCUGAAAACCAUCAUGGCCUUCAGGUGGGUCACUGAGUUCUGUUCCAACACCAGGUUCCUCAUGAAGACUGACACUGAUGUCUUCAUCAACACCCCCAACUUGAUAAAACUCCUCCUGAAGCUCAAUUCCUCAGAAAACGUUUUCACUGGUUAUCCUUUUAGAGAGAACUUUGCCUACAGAGGUUUUUACCAAAAAACCUACAUCUCCUAUGCUGAGUAUCCCUUCAGGCUGUACCCUCCCUACUGCAGUGGGAUGGGUUACAUCCUGGAUGCCAAGCUGGUUCUGAGGAUUUAUGACCUGAUGAGUCACAUCAAACCCAUCAAAUUCGAGGAUGUUUAUGUGGGAAUUUGCUUAAAUAUUCUUAAAGUCAACAUCAGUAUUCCAGAAGAGAAUAAAUUCUUUCUUUAUAAAAUUAAUUUUGAUGCCUGUAAGUACAGACAACUGAUUGCAGUCCAUGGCAUGACAUCCAGUGAAAUAAUCAGGUUUUGGCAGGAUUUGUCAUCAGACACUUCAGUUACUUGCCCUUGAGUAUUAAAAUAUAAACUUCAGCCUCUUCUGUGCAAAACCAUUUCCAGUCCAGGGCAACACAAAGCAAAACCAGAGCUGCAGAGAAGAUUUGGAGUGCAGAAGGGUUGUGCUGCUGGGGCCAGACUGCAAGGGCAGCAUUCCUCAGGGACUCUCUCAUCUUCUUAAACUAAAUCUGUAGGUGUUGGCAGUGCCCUUUCCAUCCAGGCAUCCUCCACCUGCAGGAGACUUUGGAAUACACUGCCCAGCCUUCCUCUGACACUUCUCCUCCUGCUCUGCUGGAACCUCAGGAUUCCUUCCCAAACCUUGUGGAAUGUAUGAAAAGUCAACAAGGAAUCACAGUUAUGCAAAAAAAAAAAAAAAAUAAUCUGACUCUGAAGGUGCUUCCAAAUUCCUACGUGGGUUUUUAAGAUUCUUUUGGGAACUGCACCAUCCUUUGCCACCCUCAAGUAUUUGUUCUCUACUCAACAACCUGUUUUGGGUUUUUUUCUGGCAAUGUUUCCCCCCUGCAGCCCUUCCCAGAGGGUUCCACUUUCUUAUUUAAACACCUCCAGAGUCAUCCUGAGGGGGUGAGCAGCCCGUGGGUCUCCUGGGUGGGAAAUUCUGACCCGGGGCUGCACUCUGGGUGUCUGAAUCUAUGUAGGAAAUGGAACUUCUUUGAUUUCUGCUGACGUUCCUGGGCUGGCUGCACAGCUCAGUUACCAGAGAUCUCUGCUCCAGUGGGCUCAUCAAACCCCACGUGUACACACCCAGAGUUCUGGACCCACCUUGGGAGGAUUCAGAUGCAUUUAUAGCAUGACUUGAGAUCUGUUCCUAAACAGCUUUUAAAAGGAAAAGACAUUGUAAGAUCAGUAUUCCUUAAAGAAGACAAACUGCUGUGUAUCUGUAAAGAUGUGUAUUUGAAUCACUUUAUUCAUAUCAGCAAGGCCAAGAUUUUCAGUACUUUACACUUCUAAUAGACAAGAAUACAGGAUUUGCAGUUGCAGGGACAUGAUUACUCUUGAUAACAUCCACUACACAGGGAGGAUACUACAGUGACAUCCUGUACACCUAGAAUGACAGAGCACUGCCACCUGACUGUACUACAGCUGGGAUGUGGUGAUGUAUUUACAUUUGGCUGGCUUUCACAUCGUCUCUUAGAGACAAAUUAGCAGAGGUGCAGAAACCUCUAGUACCAAGGUUGAGGUUUCACCAGGUUUGGUUUUUUUUUCUUGUUACCUUGUGGUCAGUAGUGAGUUUUUGCUGUCUUGUCAACUGCACGUGGUUUGCUGAUGGAAUUACAGGAGGUGUUCUUUUAUUUUAGCUAUAAAAAUGAGGUCUUGGGGACGAUACCCUCUAGAGGAGUAUUUCAGGUGUCAGUGUUCUAAGAUGUUAAGGUCAAAGGUUUUCAAAAAUAGAAUUUUUUUGGUGAACUAAAGAGCUAAAGGUACAGUAUUGCAUAACGGAGGGAAGAAAGCUGUUGUAUCCCUAGAAACUACAGCUGUUCCUGUAGGAUCUGUGGUUUGAUUGUUGUAGAGUGGUCAGAUCCUGAGAGCUCUGGGAGGAAUCUUGAACUUGUUCUUUGAUUGUUUAUACAGCUCAAAAAAAAAAGCAAAAAAAAACCCUAAAGCUCCCUUUUUUUUAUGUAAGCCAUGUUCAGUAGUUAGAAAUAAAUUAUUCUGUCAGCAGAACACUGACACCACAACACACUUUGUAUUGCUUUCUCCAAGAAAAAAAAUGUCAUGAGGAAAGACUCUGGAUGUUCAAGAAGUGGAUAAAGCAGAGAGCUCCUGGGGAGAGACUUAGACAGGAGAAUCCCAGAGCUGGGCAGGCUGGGCACCACCCCAAACCUCCCCACUGCUCACAGACUUUUCCUUUUAAACACAGACAUCUCUUCAUGCCACCUGAAACUGGGACCUCAAGUGGCAUCAGUUCUGCAAGAAACUGACAUUGGAAAAUAUUCCUGCUCUUGGGUUGUGUUUUUGAGCCAUUUCCAACUGGUUUGAGUCUGACCCUACUAUUGCUUAAAAGACCAUAAAAAUUUAUACCUAAGCUUAAAGGAAGGAACAGGAAAGUUUUUAGUGUGAGCAGAGAGGUAAGAAAAGCUUAAGGUUGGGAACUGAUGUGUUAAAAGUCAGUGGUGGGCCCAAGUUUUCUUGCAUCUGCUGAUACUGGACUAAAAAUGAAGCCUAAACCACAGGCUAAGAUCUUCCCAAAUCCUAAGAUUCUUCUUUUUUGGGGCAGGUGGUUCAGAAAGCUCUGAAAUCAGAAUUCCCACUGCUUGGGAUGUGGAUGUGAGAAGUUUGGGGCUUUCUGACUUGAAAAGUCUGGUGAUAAUCUGGGAAGUGCUGCUGGGUGGAGAGCAAAAGGGGUUUAUAGGGUAAAAUCUCAAGUGUGUGUUAGUUCAAAAACUAAAAAGCAAAAAUGUUUCAGUGUUUUGUGUGCAGUCUGGAGCAAGCGAGUUCAGACUGAACCAGGGAACAGGCUGUGAGUUUAGGGGAAUUAUUCUAUGACAGUAUUGACAGGACAAGGAAGGUUUGGGUUAUUUUCCUAAGUUCUGGUUUCUUUUUCUAAUUACUACUAAAGCCCUACAGUGCAAGUUCGUUGGAGGCAGCCCACAACUGCAUGGAAAAAAUGGUAAUUUUCUCAUAUUUCUUUCAAAUUUCAAUUAAAAGUUUAACUCCUGUGCCACUGAAUUCCUGCCCCGUGUCUGUGGGUUGUGUUGAAGGAGUCUGGGGAGCAGAGCUUUGCUCUCUGGCUGUCAGAUAUUGGUUCCUCUCCAUUUUGCUCUGAGUUAUGUGGAUAUUUUGGUAAGUUUGUACAGUUUUAUUCAUUUUUUUUUUAUACAGUUUGCCUAAGGCAGAGGUGGUAGGGAGGGGAUGGGAAGCUUCUGCAGUCUCUGCUGAAGGGAGCUUGGCAGGGGUGGCUCCUGAGCCCCACAACCAAACACUCUAAAAUAAAGGCUUUAAAAAGUUUACCCCCUGUGACCCCUCUGGAGAGCUUUCUGAGCUCUGCUCACCUCGUCCUUUCUGCCAGUUGAAUUUUCCAGGCUGCAUUCAUCCUGCUGAGUUGUUUUCUUUUUUAACUCUGGUGAGCCCAGGGUGUCCUGGCUCCUCCUCUCUGGAACUCCUUCCCCUGCCUGGGAGGAAACUUCCAAGUCUCCCCUGAGCUCACCAUAAAGAUAAAAAUCUUAAAAACACCCCUGGCACCCAGUGAAAAAAUGUUACAAAGGACCCUGAAGAGGCUCUUACAGAACCCAGAGCUGUUGUACUAACUGGAAGCUCUCCUUAACCCAGAUGGAUCACCAGAACCUCCUGGUUCCUUUCUCUUGGGGUUUGUGUAGGAUUUUUGUUCCUAAAACUCCAGCCUGACCCUGCAGAGCUCUGGGUGUUCAUCAUGAGCCUGGCUCCUUUCUGAGCCUUUCCAGAUGCAGUGCCCAGAAGUGCUUUUAAAGUGGCUCACUGAAAUAUUCCCACCAAACAGCUUUUGAAGUGGGUUUUUUUUUUAAUUUUUUAACAAGCUGGAGAGGUUUUCUGAGCAUCCCUGUCCCUAGAAGCACUGAUGCACCUCCCCAGCUCAAAAAUAGGUUUGCCAUUUAAAUGCAGAAAAAAAAAUUGCUUUAUUUCCCUAUUGCUCAGCCAGUUCAUAGUCCUUCCUUAGCACUGAGGCCAGCUGGGAGCUGACCUGCUCAGAAAAGUGGAUUUCAGGACUUUCCUCAAUAAUUGCACCCUGUGAGCUUCUGCUGGAGGUUUCAGGUAAGCUCCAGCUGCUCUGGCUGCAGACAUUUUGCUUAACAGCUUCUUGAUUCUUGUGGACACCCCGAGCCAAGGGACACCCAGAACUUCACCUUACCCAAAGGGAAAACUUCCCAAAUUGCUGCUUGCAAAGCUGUAACCUGUUAAAUGGACAUUCUGAGGCAGCUAACAGCAAAACUCCCUCAUCCUCAAGGUGCAAACACCACUCUUUAGUGCUCACUGUUGUGAUCUAACACCACCAUCACUGUUAGUUUGUCUCUGAAACUGUUUUGCUCCUGACCUCCUGUUCCCAGGUCAGCAGUCAACACCCUGACCUUGAUGGCUUUGCCUUUAUUUUAUAUUUUAAACACUCUCUUCAGUAAAACAGGCUCAUUCCUUUCCAAUUUUGUCUUUUUAGAACCUUCAUGGUGAUGUCUCUGUCACCAUCCCUCCCCGGGGGAACCACCUCGGUGUGCCCAGACCGCCUGCACUGCUAAGCAGGGAGGGGAUAUUGAUUUUAUAUACCAGAAAACCGGGGCUCCUGCCACCCUGGGGACACGAAACCCCCCGUUUUUCACCCCAAAACCUGCUCGUUGAAGGAGCAGUGCCCGGGGAGGGUGCUGGGGGCAGGGCAGCCGCUAGAAGGAGCUGUAAAGCCACCGGAGCCGGAGCACCGGGACCGGACCGGGGUGACAGUUCCAGCCCUGCGGGGACAGGACAGGAGCCAGCAAGCAGCAAGGCAAUGGGUGGCAGGAGGUUUCAAACUUUUUGUGUCAGUUAAACUCUUUAUUAUAUCCCUGGGAAGAGCCCAAAUUCUUUUUAAGUUCUGCCUCAGACGACUCCUGACACGGUACAUUUGUUCACCUCAGGCCCCAGGGAAGAGGCUUUUUGGGGGGUUUUUUGGCAGCACCUUAAAUAUAUUAUUUUUCUGCCACGGGAUGCUCUUCCUUGGGGAGCAGAUGAGCAGUGGAGCUGCUCAAAAAAUCAGCAA